AUGCUAUCGAAGCUGUCUACCCUUGAUCUGUCUUUCAAUUAUCAGAAAGUUCAUCAUAGUAUCCCUUUGAAACUGACCAAGGGAAACAUGAGAAGUCUGGUUCAAAACUUGACCAACAUAAAACAACUUCAUCUUAGUUGGGUAGACAUAUACUCCACUGUGCCUGAUAUCUUGGUCAAUGCAUCUUCUCUCACAUCUCUCCAACUUGUCAGUUGUGGGUUGAAUGGGGAAUUCCCAGUAGGCAUCUUCCACCUACCAAACUUAGAGGUUCUUGAUGUGAGUGGUAACUCUAACCUUACCGGUUAUUUUCCUAACUUUAACCGGAGCAAUGCCCUCAAGAAAUUGAAUGUUCGGGCCACAAAUUUCUCUGGUAUGCUGCCUGCUUCUAUGGGAAACCUUCAUUCCUUAAAUUUUUUGCGCAUCUCUCGCUGUCAUUUUUACCCCCUUGUUCCAUCUUCACUCGGAAACCUUACCCAGCUCAACUACCUUGACAUGACUUUAUUUAAUGACAAUCCAAAUAAUAAUUCCACAGGCCAAUUAGUUUCUGAAUAUUCCUUGUCUUGGAUAGCAAGUUUAACCAACCUCUACGGUUUGUCCCUUGCGGAAACCAAAUUCAGGGGAAAAUUCCCAAGUUUUGUGGCUAACCUCACACAACUUUCAUUUCUAGAAUUGAGUGGUAACGAAAUAACUGGUCAAAUCCCAUCUUGGCUUAUGAAUUUGACCCAGUUAACUACUCUAUCCCUCAGGGUGAACAAUUUGCAAGGAGCAAUUCCUAGGUCACUCUUCCAGCUCGAAAAGUUAAAGGUACUUCGAUUAUCCUACAACAAGUUAUCUCUGCAGACCAUAACCAAUUUGAGUGCUACUGUUCCACAGCUUGAAUUUCUAGAGUUGAUUUUAUGCAACUUAACAGAGUUUCCAGAAUUUUUAAAAUAUCAAUCCGAAUUGCGAGAUUUAUAUCUUAGCGACAACAACAUUCAAGGGCGAAUACCAAAAUGGGUGUGGAAUGCAACUAGAGAAACUUUGUUGAAUCUCGACCUCUCUUCCAACUUCUUAACGGGAUUUGACCAAAAUCCAAUCAAUCUUCCAUGGCAGAAUCUAUAUGAUUUAGAUCUCGGGACCAAUAUGUUACAAGGAUCACUGCCAAUUCCACCACAAUCAAUCAGAAACUAUAUUGUCCGCAACAAUCAUUAUAGUGGAGAAAUUUCGCCAUCGUUCUGCAACUUGAAUCAUUUGCAGAUUCUUGAUUUGUCCAACAACAGCCUGAGUGGCAUGCUUCCACAAUGUUUGGGGAACUCCAGUGCUCUUGGGAUAUUGAAGCUGACGAACAAUUCUUUUCAUGGCGGUAUUCCUCAAAUGUGUCCAGAUGACAAUAGUUUGAAAAUGGUUGAUAUAAGUUACAAUCAGUUACAGGGGAAGAUACCAAGAUCAAUGGCCAAUUGCACUCAAUUAGAGUUUCUUAAUCUUGGAAACAAUCAGAUAAGCGACAUCUUCCCAUCUUGGUUAGGAGCACUUCCAGCAUUAAGGGCUCUCAUUUUGAGGUCCAAUCGAUUUCAUGGCAUGAUUGGGAAGUCUGCAACUAACCAAGACUUCCCAAAGUUGUGCAUCAUUGAUUUAUCUAACAACGAUUUUUCAGGUAUGUUACCCUCUAACUACUUAGAGAACUGGAAUUCCAUGAAAUUUGUUGACGAGAACCACCGACCUUAUUUUGAAGUCCUUCCGAAGUUAGACAUCUCAGUUAAAUAUGCCUAUAUUUAUGAAUACUCGAUCACAAUUUUUGCAAAAGGUGUUGAGUUGAAAUAUAUGAAGACCCCUUAUCUUCUAAGAUUGAUAGAUUUCUCAAGUAAUAGGUUUGAAGGAGAGAUUCCAGUAGGUGUCAUUGGGAAUCUAAGAGGCCUUAUUUUGCUUAACCUCUCCAACAACGCUCUCACUGGUCUCAUCCCAUCAUCUUUAUGGAACUUGACGGCUCUUGAAUCGUUGGAUCUCUCCCAAAACCAGCUCUCAGGAAGGAUCCCCGGUAAUUUGGCACAACUCACUUUCCUUGCAUAUUUCAAUGUAUCCUAUAACCAUCUUUGGGGUCCUAUACCACUUGGCCAACAAUUUGGUACAUUCCUAGAAGAUUCAUACCAAGGAAACUCAGGUCUGUGUGGAAAGCCAUUGUCGAAGAAGUGUGAUAGCUCAAUAUCGCCACCACCAUCAAUCUCUGAAGAAGAUGAAGAUCCCGGGUUUCAAAUUGCACUAGAUUGGUAUGUGGUUUUGCCAGGAGUUGUUAGUGGUCUAAUAGUUGGAGUGGUUGCUGGGAACUUUUGGACAAGCAAGAAUCAUGAAUGGUUUUUAGAGAAAUUUAGCAGGAAGAGGCAGCCAAGAGGCACACGGGGGAGGAGAGGACACAGAAACUAA